CACAAGUGACAGUCAAUUGACAACCACCACUGGACAGUGACAUGUCACCACCAUCAAUUGGUCUGUAAGGGAUUGCAAGCCAAAUAACUGCAACACAAUGGAGGAUUAUACAUAUGAAUAUGAUUUUAGCAAUUACACCUAUGACAAUGUUACUCCUCCCGAGGAUGUAGAUUUCAAAACCCACAAGACAUGCUUCACAGAAGUUUCAUGCGUCUCCCUCCUGGUGGUCAAUGUAGUUAUCUUCCUGCUGGGGGUUUGUGGGAAUGGGGUGGUCAUCUGGAUCGCUGGUCUCAAGAUGAAGAAGACAGUCAACACCACCUGGUACCUCAGCCUGGCCGUCUCCGACUUCAUAUUCUGUGCCUGUCUCCCCUUCAACAUCAUCAACACGGUGACAAAGGACUGGAUCUUUGGGGUCUUUAUGUGCAAGUUCACCUCUUUCGUGAUGUUCCUCAACAUGUUCUGCAGCAUCUUCCUCCUGGUCGUCAUCAGUGUUGACCGCUGUGUGUCAGUGAUGUUUCCAGUGUGGGCUCAGAACUACCGCACCAUGGGCAAGGCCUCUGUAGUGGUGGUUCUGGCCUGGGUUGCCUCUGUCACCCUCAGCAUCCCCUCCAUGGUGUUCAGAGACGUCAAAACAUAUUUAGGGACGAGAAAGUGUUUCAAUAACUACAAAGACCAACACAGCCACAAGAUGAUCGCAGUGAGUCGGUUCAUUGGUGGGUUUGUGCUGCCAUUCUUUAUCAUCAUCUUUUGUUACUCUGUCAUCAUCCUGCGACUGAGAACCAACCGAAUGAUGAGCAAGUCCUCCAAGCCCUUCAAAGUUAUGACUGCCCUGAUAGCCACAUUCUUCAUCUGCUGGCUGCCCUACCAUGUCUUUGUACUGCUUGAGCUGAACCACCAAAGCUACAACCUGGAUGUUAUAAGAUCUGGGCUUAUGGUGGGCACUACUGUAGCCAUAGCUAACAGUUUCCUCAACCCAGUGCUGUAUGUUUUCAUGGGCAAUGACUUCCUGCAGAAAUUCAAGAGCUCCAUACUGUCUAAGAUGGCGAAUGCCAUCGGAGAGGAGGGCCGCACCACCAGCCGCUACCUCUCCAGGUCCAGCUCCAUGGAGGGCAGCCGCAGAACCUCCACACACAUCUAAAUCUCUACGAUGAUGGUAAGGCCUCAGUGGCUGCAGAGACUAAGAACACAAUUUUGUUCAGCAACGCUUUGUCUUGUAGAAAGGUCAUGUAAGGUGUGUUUUCACUUUAUGGUCUUAUGGACUAGUUAUAUUUGUCAUAUAUUUGUAUCAUCACAAGUAGUGCUCUUUGUCUCAUGUUAAAACGUAUAUCUGUUUGAUUUGUUUCUCCCAUGAGCUCCAAUAUAUUUUCCUACCGUAACUUUUUCCAACCAAUUUGAAUGUCAUUAUCUCACAUACAGAAUGCGAUGGAGGCCUUGCUGUGAUGUGAUCUUUUGUAGUGAUGUGACCUAACAUAGGCUUAUAACCUAUUUACUAUACAUAUUGAAAUAACAACCUAAUAACCUAAUAAUAAUAACCUUUGCAUAAUGUGUGUCCCUGUAGAUCGUAAGAUGUUAAUCUUAUAAGCAGAAGUCCAUUUGUUUCAGUGAGUGACCAAGCUCAUAGUUCAACGACAUCAAUGAAAACAGGAAAUCCUCCUUUUUGACAGCCAUGUCCCUUGAUGGGAAAUGUUUUUUGAGUGGAAAUCGUUGUGACCUCUUUGUGGUAAUUUGUGUAAAUUAAGCUGAAACAUAUCCCUAUCGCUGAAAAAAAAGCUACCUUCUUAAAGGAAAUGAACAUCACACUGCUUACAGUUCGAAGAGCAGAAAGACUAUUCACACACUUUGAAGUGUACACUGGGUGUACAUAACAAUAAGAACACCUUCCUAAUAUUUGCCCUCAGAACAUCCUCAAUUCGUCUGGGCAUGGACUCCAGAAGGUGUCGAAAGCAUUCCACGUGGAUGCUGGCCUAUGUUGACCAAUGCUUCCCACAGUUGUGUCAAGUUGCCUGGAUGUCCUUUGGGUGGUGGACCAUUCUGAUACACAUGGGAACACAUGAAAAACCCAGAAACACAUGAAAAACCCAGCAGCAUUGCAGUUCUUGACACAAACCAGUGCACCUGGCACCUACUACCAUACCUUGUUCAAAGGCACUUAAACAGUUUGUCUUGCCCAUUCACCCUCUGACUAUAUUACUCAGUCUGCAAACCAGAAUUUGUAAGAUCCUGGUCGAAUGAAACAGACGGAGGCCCAGCUAAAAUAGAUAGUCAAAAAGGUUUAUUCACAGGAACGUUCUAAAGUCAAGAAUACAAAACAAUUAAUUUUAUACUGACUUCUCACGCCCACACAUUCACACAACCAUACACACACCCAUACACACAAACAGACGCACACACAUACACACUAACAGACACAUGUCCUGCUACCCAGCAGACAGAGAUUAGUUCUCUGUUCUCUCCCAAAUCUCUAGUCAGGUCGGCACCAAGAUUAGACAGUCUGUGUUUAUAAUACCAUAAAGAAAUAUUGUCUUUACCCUAAUUCUGACUAGGACUACACAUUUAUAGAUUAUUAUUUAUAGAUUAUUAUUAUUAUUAUUGUGAUUUUAUACAUUCUAAUCACUUCCAUACUUCCAUAUGUUUCAGGGCGGAAUAUUCUAAUCAUUCAAUUAACAGAUCAUUCUCACCUAACAUUGUCUCAAGGCUUAAAAAUACUUCUUUAACCUUUUAUCUACACUGAUUGAAGUGGAUUGAACAAGUGACAUCAAUAAGGGAGGAUAGCUUUCAACUGGAUUCACCUGGUCAAACUAUGUCAGGGAAAGAGCAGGUGUUCAUAAUGUUUUGUGCGCUCAGUGUAUAUACAAUGCAUUCAGAAAAGUAUUCAGACCCCUUGGCUUUUUCCACAUGUUGUGACAUUACAGGCUUACUCUAAAAUGGAUUGCAUACAUUUUGGGGAGCAUGGGAGCAUCACUGCACAACUAUUUUCAGGUCUCUCCAGAGAUGUUUGAUCGGGUUCAUGUCCGGGCUCUGGCUGUGCUACUCAAGGAUAUUCAGAGACUUGUGCCGAAGUCACUACUAAAUUGUCUUGGCUGUGUGCCUAGGGUCAUUGUCCUGUUGGAAGGUUAACCUUCACACCAGUCUGAGGUUCCGAGCGCUCUGGAGCAGGAUUUCAUAAAGGAUCUCUCUGUGCUUUGCUCCGUUCAUCUUUCUCUCGAUCCUGACUUGUCUCCCAGUCCCUGCCGCUGAAAACAUCCCCACGGCAUGAUGCUGCCACCACCAUGCUUCACCGUAGGGAUAGUGCCAGCUUUCCAACAGCCGUGACGCUUGGCAUUCAGGCCAAGGAGUUCAAUCUUGAUUUCAUCAGACCAGAGAAUCUUGUUUCUCAUGGUCUGAGAGUCCUUUAGAUCCCUUUUGGCAAACUCCAAGCGGGCUGUCAUGUGCCUUUUACUAAGGAAUAACUUCCGUCUGGCCACUCUACCAUAAAGGCCUGAUUGGUGGAGUGCUGCAGAAAUGAUUGUCCUUCUGGAAGGUUCUCCCAUCUCCACAGAGGAACUUUGUGACCAUCAGGUUCUUGGGCACCUCCCUGACCAAGACCCUUCUUCCCCAAUUGCUCAGUUGGCUGGGCGACCAGCUCUAGGAAGAGUCUUGGGGGUUACAAACGUCUUCCAUUUAAGAAUGAUGGUGGCCACUGUGUUCUUGGGGACCUUCAAUGCAGCAGAAAUGUUUUGGUACCCUUCCCCAAAUCUGUGCCUUGACACAAUCCUGUUUCGGAGCUGUUCGAACAAUUCCUUCGACCUCACGGCUUGGUUUUUGCUCUGCCAUGCACUGUCAACUGUGGGACCUUAUAUAGACAAGUGUGUUUCUUUCCAAAUCAUGUCCAAUCAAUUGAAUUUACCACAGGUGGACUCCAAUCAAGUUGUAGAAACAUCUCAAGGAUGUUGAUCAAUGGAAACAGGAUGCGCCUGAGCUCAAUUUUGAGUCUCAUAGCAAAGGGUCUGAAUACUUAUGUAAAUAAGUGUAACUUUUUUAAAAAUACAUUAGCAAAGAAUUCUAAAAACAGGAUUUUGCUUUUAAAAAUGUAUUUAUGAAUUUUAGUGUAAUGCUGUAACGUAACAAAAUGUGGAAAAAGUCAAGAGGUCUGAAUACUUUCCGAAUGCACUGUAUACAUCUGCCUCAGCUAUUGCAAACAUCCAUACACAACAUAUUGUCCAGCCCUAUCCAAAACAAAGCAUUUGUGGUCGUCUGGAUUGCUGGACAUUGCGUUUUGGAACAAAACUCUUCAUUUAUAUUUCCUGCCAUACAUCACCCAUCUUGUUGUGGACAGGUUUCUAUGUAAUCAGAUUUAUACCAUGACAUGUAAUUCAGCCCACCUCACCAACUGUCAGAUCAUCUGCUGUGACACUGAAAGUCAAGUGUAAUUACAUACCCAAGCUGAGAAUCAUAUUGGAGAGUCCUGUGUUUACACUCAGGGUGAACAACACAUGGACAACACAUUUCACACAACCAUUGUGUGACUUGAUUAAUGUGAACUCAUUGUUAAUGUAUUUGUAAAAACACAACCAUUGUUCUUUUCAAUCUACCUCUUUAAAUUUGUUUAUCUGAUGAAUAAGAUGAAUAGGCUAGGAUCUUGUAUUGCAGAGGAAGGCAACCCUGGUCCUGGAGUGCCGCAGGCACUUCAUGUGUUUGAUUUAACCGACCUGGAAGACAAUGUGUGUUGAAUGUAUGCAAUCACUGAACUUAUCAAUUAGCUCAGUUGAUCAGGUGUGGCGCCUAGUUGUAACAACAUCCUGUUAUACAGUGGGGCAAAAAGUAUUGUCAGCCACCAAUUGUGCAAGUUCUCCCACUUAAAAAGAUGAGAGAGGCCUGUAAUUUUCAUCAUAGGUACACUUCAACUAUGACAGACAAAAUGAGAAAAAAAAUUCCAUAAAAUCACAUUUAAUGAAUUUAUUUGCAAAUGAUGGUGGAAAAUAAGUAUUUGGUCAAUAACAAAAGUUUAUCUUAAUACUUUGUUAUAUACCCUUUGUUGGCAAUGACAGAGGUCAAGCGUUUUCUGUAAGUCUCCACAAGGUUUUCACACACUGAUGCUGGUAUUUUGGCCCAUUCCUCCAUGCAGAUCUCCUCUAGAGCAGUGAUGUUUUGGGGCUGUUGCUGGGCAACACGGACUUUCAACUCCCUCCAAAGAUUUUCUAUGGGGUUGAGAUCUGGAGACUGGCUAGGCCACUCCAGGACCUUGAAAUGCUUCUUACGAAGCCACUCCUUCGUUGCCCGGGCGGUGUGUUUGGGAUCAUUGUGAUGCUGAAAGACCCAGCCACGUUUCAUCUUCAAUGCCCUUGCUGAUGGUAGGCUGUUACUUUGGUCCCAGCUCUCUGCAGGUCAUUCACUAGGUCCCCCCGUGUGGUUCUGGGAUUUUGUCUGUCAUAGGUGCAGUGUACCUAUGAUGAAAAAAUUACAGGCCUCUCUCAUCUUUUUAAGUGGGAGAACUUGCACAAUUGGUGGCUGACUAAAUACUUUUUUGCCCCACUGUAUGUGUGGUACUCCAGGAACCGGGCUGCCUUGUUUGUAUAUUGGACCAUGUUUGUAAUUAUUUAUGGUAAACCACAGAAAGAGAAGCUGCUUGUUAAAAGGAACUUAACUGGGAAGCAGAAAGAGCAUUGUCACAUUCUAACUGAAUUACAUUUGUAAUUCUGCAGCAGACUGUUUCUGCCUUUUCUGAUUAAAUCCAAUGUUUUGAGAAAUAGAAAGUUAAUUGAUGUACACUUGUUAGGCUUUACGUUAGCUUACAGUCACAAUACUGUUUUUGUUUAAUGUACAUUGUUUUAAUGUAUUUAAUAAUUAAAAGUCAUGUGACAGAAACAAA